GAGAGAGAGAGAGAGUACGGAGCAGUGGUACUGAAUUCCGUGGGGAGAAGCCCAAAUCUUCUCGGUGGCAGUUUCGAUUGAGUGGAUAAUUUCACUUCCUUCUCUCUCUCUCUCUCUCUCUGUGUCUCUCUGACUUUUCUUCCGGCGCUUUCUAGAGAACCAAACCCUCAAGUUUCCUUCCACUGAAACCUCAAAUUUUCCGUCUUUACUUCCAAUUCCGGAGCUGCUUCCGAGUUCUUUGCCUUACCCAUCUCAUGAUUUGAUCUGAAUUGGCUUCCAAGGUGUCGGUUUCGGCAGCUGGGGUUGAUUCUGAUCCGACAUUGGAUCUAGAUGGGGAAAGGUAGUCAGGACUAUGGGAAACGGGAGACAGUCGCCGGCAAGCCGACCGAUCGGGACGUCUUUCCAGCUUGGGCGAGGGAGAUCGAGGAGUGCGAGAAACACUAUGAAACGAACCGGAAGUACGGGCUGAAGUCCGAUGACGUCCAGAAGAGGCAAAGCAUCUACGGCCUGAACGAGCUGGAGAAGCAUGAGGGGCAGUCUAUUUGGAGCUUGAUCCUCGAUCAGUUCAACGAUACUCUUGUUCGGAUCCUCCUCGCCGCGGCGGUCGUCUCGUUCGUGCUCGCUUGGUAUGAUGGGGAAGAAGGCGGGGAGAUGGAGAUCACUGCCUUCGUGGAGCCGCUGGUGAUAUUCCUGAUCCUGAUUGUGAAUGCGAUCGUUGGUGUUUGGCAGGAGAACAAUGCGGAGAAGGCGUUGGAGGCGCUCAAGGAGAUACAGUCGGAGCACGCGACUGUGAUUCGAGAUGGCCAUAAGAUUCCAGACUUGCCUGCGAAGGAGCUCGUGCCCGGGGACAUUGUCCAGCUGAAGGUCGGGGAUAAGGUGCCUGCUGAUAUGAGAAUUGUGGAGUUGAUCAGCUCUACGCUGAGGUUAGAGCAGGGCUCACUGACUGGAGAGUGUGACGCUGUGAAUAAGACCGCUAAGACAGUACCCGAGGAUGCUGAUAUACAGGGCAAGAGGUCUAUGGUGUUUGCGGGGACAACUGUUGUGAAUGGCAAUUGUAUCUGUUUGGUAACGCAGACGGGGAUGGAGACUGAAAUCGGGCAGGUUCACCAGCAGAUUCAUCAUGCUUCACAGAGCGAGGAGGACACCCCAUUGAAGAAGAAGUUGAACGAGUUCGGAGAGGUAUUGACGAUGAUAAUUGGAUUGAUUUGUGCACUGGUGUGGCUUAUCAAUGUGAAGUACUUUCUGUCUUGGGAAUACGUUGAUGGUUGGCCCAGAAAUUUCAAAUUUUCUUUUGAGAAGUGCACAUACUACUUCGAAAUUGCGGUGGCAUUGGCUGUGGCUGCUAUUCCUGAAGGUUUGCCUGCGGUGAUUACGACUUGUUUGGCUCUUGGCACGAGAAAAAUGGCUCAGAAGAACGCCCUCGUGCGAAAGCUCCCGAGUGUUGAGACCUUGGGAUGCACAACUGUGAUUUGUUCAGAUAAAACUGGCACUCUGACGACCAAUCAGAUGGCCGUGUCAAGACUUGUAGCUAUGGGUUUUACGGCGAACAAGUUAAGAACCUUUAAGGUGGAUGGGACUACUUACGAUCCAUUUGAUGGAAAAAUACAUGACUGGCCCACUGGUUCUAUGGAUGCUAAUCUUGAAACAAUUGCCAAGAUAGCUGCUGUCUGCAACGAUGCAUGCAUUGUGCAGUCCGAGCAUAAGUUUGUUGCCCAUGGAAUGCCCACUGAAGCUGCUCUUAAGGUUUUGGUUGAAAAAAUGGGUCUUCCCAAUGGAUAUGGUUCUACAAAUAGCAGAGAUGUUCUGCGUUGUUGUUGGUGGUGGAACGAACAAGAGCGUCGGAUUGCGACAUUAGAAUUUCAUCAUGACAGGAAGUCUAUGGGAGUUAUUGUCAACUCCAAUUCUGGGAGAAAAUCAUUGCUAGUGAAGGGUGCUGUGGAAAAUGUAUUAGAGAGAAGCAGUAAGAUUCAGUUGGGCAAUGGAUCUAUUGUUCAACUGGAUGAUAACUCAAGGAAUGCAAUCUUACAAGCUCUUCACGAAAUGUCUACUGGUGCAUUGCGCUGUCUGGGUUUUGCAUACAAAGAUGAGCUCCAAGAAUUUGAUACUUAUGAUGGUAGUGAAGACCAUCCAGCGCAUGAACUCUUACUUGAUCCAUCUAAUUACUCAUCAAUUGAGAGUGACCUCAUAUUUGUCGGCUUGGUUGGGCUGCGGGAUCCACCCAGGAAAGAGGUCUGUCAAGCUAUCGAGGAUUGCAGAGCAGCUGGCAUUCGUGUCAUGGUCAUCACUGGAGAUAACAAGGAUACGGCAGAAGCAUUAUGUCAUGAAAUUGGAAUAUUUGGACCUAACGAAGACAUCAGUUACAAAAGUUAUACUGGAAAAGAGUUCAUGGAAUUGCGAGAUAAAAAGAAAUGCCUGAGACAAGACGAAGGGCUGCUGUUUUCCAGGGCCGAACCAAGGCACAAGCAGGAGAUUGUUAGGUUGCUCAAGGAAGAUGGUGAGGUAGUUGCCAUGACUGGUGAUGGAGUCAAUGAUGCGCCUGCUCUAAAGCUCGCUGAUAUUGGUGUGGCAAUGGGUAUUGCUGGAACUGAGGUUGCAAAGGAAGCUUCUGACAUGGUGUUGGCAGAUGAUAAUUUCAGCACAAUAGUCGCUGCUGUUGGCGAGGGAAGAUCUAUCUACAACAAUAUGAAGGCUUUUAUUCGGUACAUGAUCUCAUCAAAUAUUGGUGAGGUGGCCUCUAUAUUCUUAACAGCAGCCCUUGGCAUUCCUGAAGGUCUGAUACCCGUUCAGCUUCUCUGGGUUAAUCUUGUUACUGACGGACCGCCAGCUACAGCUCUUGGGUUCAAUCCUCCGGACAAGGACAUAAUGAAGAAGCCACCUCGUAGGAGUGACGAUUCAUUAAUAAGUGCAUGGAUUUUGUUCCGUUAUCUGGUAAUUGGACUCUACGUUGGAAUAGCGACUGUGGGCGUAUUCAUCAUCUGGUACACCCAUGGCUCCUUCCUAGGUAUCAACCUCGGUGGGGAUGGGCACACCCUCGUCACUUACUCCCAGCUUGCUAACUGGGGCCAGUGCCCUUCCUGGCAGAACUUUACUGCGUCGCCCUUCACAGCUGGUGCUCAAGUCCUCACCUUUGACAACCCAUGCGAUUACUUCCAAGCUGGGAAGGUCAAAGCAACGACCCUGUCCCUCUCAGUUUUGGUCGCAAUUGAGAUGUUCAACUCCCUCAAUGCCCUGUCCGAGGAUGGGAGCUUGCUCUCCAUGCCCCCAUGGGUCAACCCUUGGCUCCUCUUGGCCAUGUCUGUCUCUUUUGGACUCCAUUUCUUGAUCCUCUACGUGCCCUUCCUCGCCCAGGUCUUCGGAAUCGUUCCCCUCAGCUUCAACGAAUGGCUUCUUGUCUUGGCCGUCACCUUACCAGUGAUUUUGAUCGACGAGGUCCUAAAGUUCAUUGGACGGUGUACUAGCGGGUACAGGUACUCUGGCAGGAGGAGAGCAGGGAAGUCCAAGGCAGAGUGAGACUGCUCUUGCCCUCCUAAGUUCACCUGCAGAUCGCUGGGAUGCUGCCUGCUGUUCGUGGUCCUAUCAGUAAUCUUCGACUCUUUUCGUUGGAUGUGUCGAGGAAUGACCAGGCCUCAGACCUUGUAACUCGUAGAACCAUCAGUUAUGAAUAAUAUCAGUGAACCCUUAACUAAUCAGAACCUUCUGUUCCUGAAGUUCCACACUAGUACUUUAGCUUUUUGCGGGAGGGAUGAAUUCUGUAGGGCGCUUUCUCAAUUCUGGAACUCCUCUAAAUUCCUAAGGGCAAUUAGCACUGACUAUAAACAAUGUAAUGUCCUGACUUUCAAUUUAUUGGCACUGUACCUGCUUCCUUGUAGUAA